GUGCAUCCCAGCCACGCUGAUGGGGUUCAAACUCCACGGCGGCGGCGAAAGUCACGGUGGCACCAGGAGGGCCUGGCCUCGUGCAGGCUCGGCGAAGACGCCCCAGGCUGGUGACAGCCCGGGCAGGUGGCCGCCCGGGCGGGGGACAUGGCGGGGGGUGCGGGGCUGGCCAAGCGCCUGGGGACCUUCCUGUCGGGGCUGCUGGAGUGCGGCGCCUUCUGCGGCAUCAUCUUCGGCUGGGCCUCCCUCGUCUUCGUCCUCAAGGACCUGGGCUACUUCGAGGGGCUGUGCCAGCCCUCCGCCACCCCCGGCCCCAACCUCACCCUGGGGUCUGAUUGCAGCGGGCAGGAUGAGCAGUUCUCCCUGGUCUUCACCAUCGGCUCCUUCAUGAACAACUUCAUGACCUUCCCCAUGGGCGUCGUUUUUGACCGCUUCGGCACCAUGGCCGCGCGCCUCAUCGCCAUCUCCCUCUACGCUGGUGGGACCCUUCUCGUCGCCUUCUCCACCCCAGAGAUGGCGGUGCUGCUCUUCCCGGCCAUGUCCAUGCUGUCGGUGGGUGGCAUCCUCCUCAUCCUCACCAACAUGCAGGUGGGCAACCUGUUCGGGAACUACCGCUCCAUCCUCAUCACCCUCUACAACGGGGCCUUCGACUCCUCCUCUGCCAUCUUCCUCAUCGUCAAGCUGCUGUACGAGCACGGGCUGUCCCUGCGGGCCAUGUUCCUCUUCCUGGCAGCCUGCAGCGCCUGGCACCUCCUGCGCACCCUCUUCCUGAUGCCGCGCACCCACAUCCCCUACCCGCUGCCCCCCGACUACGACUACGGGCUGCGGUGCCGGGGCCGUUCCCGCUCCUACCGAACCUACAAGGACAAGCAGCCCCCGGCAGAGGCCGCACCCGAGGAGACACCCCUGGAACCCCCCAUCCCUCGAGGUGGGGCCCCCUCCGGGACGCCGUUCCGGGCCUGCGCCUGCUCGUGGCUCUUCGCCUGGCACGUGGCCUGGCUCUCGGUGAUGCAGCUUCGCCACUACCUGUUCAUCGGCACCCUCAACCCGCAGCUCGAGCACCUGGCGCACGGGGACCACGGCCUGGUGAGCACCUACACCAACGCCUUCGCCUUCACCCAGCUCUGCGGGGUGCUCUGCGCCCCCUGGAACGGCCUCAUCCUCGACCGGCACAAGCGGGGAAAGGGUCCCCGCCCUGAGGGGGCGCUGGCCGCGCUGGCAGACCUGCGCUCGGCGGUGCUGUCGCUGGUGGUGACGGUGGCGCAGUGCCUGCUGUUCUCCGUGCUUGCCGCCGUGCCCGUCCUGCCCGUCCAGUUCGGCACCUUCGUGCUGCAGGUCAUCAGCCGCUCCUUCCUGUACGGCGGCAACGCCGCCUUCCUGGCCAUCGCGUUCCCCCCGCAGCACUUCGGGAAGCUGUACGGGCUGGCCAUGGCGCUGUCGGCGCUGGUGGCCCUGCUGCAGUACCCGUGUGUCGCCCUGGUGCAGGGGCCGCUCCAGGGGGACCCCUUCUAUAUGAACUUGGGGCUCAUCGCCGUGGUGCUGGUGGCCUUUGUCAGCCCUGUGGUGGUGGCCCGCGAGUGCCAGCGGCGAGCCAAGGAGCUGGGGAUGGCCAGCACCCCCCUGGCAGCCGCCCCCAGCGCUGAGAUCCACGUCGAGACCCCACACUGAGCCCCAGCACCCCAUUUUUGUACUGGCCUGGGGGCGCUGUGCCAGUGGGGUGGGGGCUUGGGGACAAUAAACAUCACUGCCCCCUCCA